AAAAAAAAAAGUAAAUCAAACGUUUGGAAGCAUUUGGUAGAUGAAGUGCUUUCUGCCUAGUGUGGGUCCCAGGAUGUCUAGCUUCUGAUACUAGGAAGCCCUUUCAGAUCCAGGGACUGAAGGGUUAUUACUGUGGUGCUAGAGCUAUGCAGCUGGAGCAUUGUCUUUCUCCCUCUAUCAUGCUCUCCAAGAAAUUUCUCAAUGUGAGCAGCAGUUACCCACAUGCAGGCGGAUCUGAGCUUGCCUUGCAUGAUCAUCCCAUUAUCUCGACCACUGACAACCUGGAGAGAAGUUCACCUUUGAAAAAAAUUACCAGGGGGAUGACGAAUCAGUCAGAUACAGACAAUUUUCCUGACUCCAAGGACACACCAGGGGACGUCCAGAGAAAUAAACUCUCUCCCGUCUUGGACGGGGUCUCUGAGCUUCGUCACAGUUUCGAUGGAUCUGCUGCAGAUCGCUAUCUGCUCUCUCAGUCCAGCCAGCCCCAGUCUGCUGCCUCUGCUCCUAGUACCAUGUUCCCUUAUCCCAGCCAGCAUGGACCUGCACACCCAGCCUUCUCCAUCGCCAGCCCCAGCCGCUACAUGGCUCAUCAUCCUGUGAUCACCAACGGAGCUUAUAACAGCCUCCUGUCCAACUCUUCUCCGCAAGGCUACCCCACGGCGGGCUACCCGUACCCCCAGCAGUAUGGCCAUUCCUAUCAAGGGGCACCUUUCUACCAGUUCUCCUCCACCCAGCCGGGGCUGGUUCCCGGCAAGGCUCAGGUCUACCUGUGCAACAGGCCACUCUGGCUGAAAUUUCACCGGCACCAGACGGAGAUGAUCAUCACGAAGCAGGGAAGGCGCAUGUUCCCUUUCCUAAGCUUUAAUAUUUCUGGUCUCGACCCUACGGCUCACUACAAUAUUUUUGUGGAUGUAAUUUUGGCGGAUCCCAAUCACUGGAGAUUUCAGGGAGGCAAAUGGGUUCCUUGCGGCAAGGCGGACACCAAUGUACAAGGAAACCGGGUGUAUAUGCAUCCCGACUCCCCCAACACGGGAGCCCACUGGAUGCGUCAGGAAAUCUCCUUUGGGAAACUAAAACUUACAAACAAUAAAGGAGCAUCAAACAACAACGGGCAGAUGGUGGUUUUGCAGUCCCUUCACAAGUACCAACCUCGCUUGCAUGUCGUGGAGGUGAACGAAGACGGGACGGAGGACACCAACCAGCCGGGCAGAGUGCAGACAUUCACGUUUCCCGAGACGCAGUUCAUUGCCGUCACCGCCUACCAAAACACCGAUAUCACACAGCUGAAAAUAGAUCACAACCCUUUCGCAAAAGGAUUCCGAGACAAUUAUGACACGUAAGUAAACCGGAUUUUUACUACCCUUCUGCCGGCUGUACACACAUGUCAAAGUGGGGAGAUUUAGGAUGAGGGCUGGCUCAUUUCACACCGAGAUGUGUAAUGUCAGCCUUUUCCAGAGCCCUCCGGGAGGGAAGCACACGCCCGCUCCCGCACGGGGGCUGUCCCUGUGGCGAGGCCCUGCGCAGCCCCGGGGCCGCUUUCCGCCUCUGGGGCAGCGGUGCCCGCACCGAGUCCGCAUCUCGCUUUGGCACUUGCUGCGGUUUUGUUGUUGGUUUUUCCCGGCACGUAUCUUGGCGCCUCUUUCCAAGCUUCCGUUUCACUUGCGCGUAAGGGCUCCGCAAGAAGCACCCGGGCAACAGGGGCUCAGUCCUGGGCAACCCGCCGGGUCUGCAUCAUUCCGAGAGGCAGAGCCGGGAUCCGGAGGGACACGUCUUCGUCUCGUUCUAUUCUUCGCCGGGGUUGAAUUUUUUUUCCCCCUUCUCCCUUCUGGGUGGAGCUAAAGCCUCUGAAGUUUUAAUCGCGGUUUGUCCCUGUUGUGUCCCUGCCCGUCCUCCUCCGAGGCAUUCCCAGCGCUCUGACCCCUCCGGCCUUGACGCC